AUGUAUGUCUGCAGGAUCAAGCGUAUGGCAGGGAUGAAGGAGUCUCAGAUCAGUGCUGAGAUCGAGCUGCUGCCCACCAACGACAAGAAGAAGUGGGCGCGCCCUCCCAUCUCCAUGAACUUUGAGGUGAUUAGGUAUUUUAUUUCCUUCACACAGUCAUCUCUACUGUUGCUGGGUUCAAGAUUAGUUUGUGCCCUAUAGCCAACAUUUAUGGUUGAAUGACCCAGGUGUGCAAACGUUUCUGUUCUGUCAAAUACUGAACUCUCUCCCAGGUGUCAUUAUGGUAAUGUCAUGGUCUUCCAGGUGUCAUUAUGGUUCUGUUAUGGUCUCCCAGGUGUCAUUGUGGUAAUGUUAUGGUCUCCCAGGUGUCAUUAUGGUUAUGUUAUGGUCUCCCAGGUGCCAUUUGCUCCGUCCGGGCUCAAGGUGCGCUACCUGAAGGUGUUUGAGCCCAAGCUGAACUACAGUGACCACGACGUCAUCAAAUGGGUGCGCUACAUCGGCCGCAGCGGCAUCUACGAGACGCGCUGCUAA